CGUUCUGCAUUCAGUUGCAGCUCAGGUCCUCUUAAACAAAAUCACUCAGCAUAGCGGGUAGCAGCCAUGGGUAUGUCGUCUCCUGUUCAGCCUUCCCGUUCCUUCUUCUCUUCCUUCCCCUUCCUUUUCCUUUUCCCUGCCGCCCUGUCUCUCCCCUCUUCUCCCUCCACCGACAGCCGAAUUCACCGGAAUUCAAUCCACCAGUGGUUGUGCCGAGUUAUUCACCAGCUGUUCGGAUCCGCUUCUUCCCCUGCUCCUCGUUCCCCUCCAACCCCAACUCCGCCUCGUUAUUCGGCAUCGAAGUUUGGAGGGAGUGAAAACCGAGGGAGAAGACGGAGAGACGAAGAAGCAAGAAGAGAGACCAUCAAUACAUAUUCUAACCAUUUGUUUCUUUAGCCCCCGACGACAGUUACCGUCCU